AUGACCAGCAAAGUCGAGCGCAGGCGCAAGCAGGCGGACAAGGCCAAGGCGCGCGGUGGCAAGGACCCGUGGUGGUACGCGAUGAUGGUCAAGCUCGGGGUCGCCCUGCCGUACUGUUCGCACCCCGAGUGUCGCCAGCUCAAGCUGGACGGCCUCACGGGCCCACGGGGCGCCCAGAAGGUGCACACGUGGACAACGUCCAAGACGAGGACCACCCAGCCGGUCCGCGAUGUCAAGCUGAACAGGGGAAUGGCCGCAGAGCUGCGCGGGCCCGUCACGUAUGUCGACAAAGCUCCCACGACGCAAACGACGGUCAAGAAGCACAAGUGCACGUACUGCGCGAAACACUGCACCAUGAGGCACUCGUGA